CUUCCAUUCCGAUAACUGUAUUUUCGUCUCUACCAUGUCGCAGAAAAUUGCCAUUUUGUCUGUCUAUGAUAAGACGGGUCUCGUCGACUUUGCUCGCGACCUCCACGCCUUGAACGUGCGUCUGUUGGGUUCCGGAGGCACGGCCAAGUUGGUGCGUGAAGCCGGUAUCCCCAUUGGUGAUGUCUCUGAGAUUACCAAAGCUCCCGAGAUGUUGGGUGGUCGUGUUAAGACCUUGCAUCCUGCUGUUCACGGUGGUAUCUUGGCCCGUAACAUCGAAAGUGAUGAAAAGGACCUUGCCGAGCAGCAUAUUGACAAAAUUGACAUUGUUGUCUGCAACUUGUACCCUUUCAAAAAGACCGUGGCUCAGCCUGAUGUAACCAUUCCCCAGGCUGUGGAAGAAAUUGAUAUUGGUGGUGUCACUUUGCUUCGUGCUGCCGCCAAGAACCACGCCCGCGUUGCCAUCGUUUCAGAUCCUACCGAUUACGCCAAGGUGAUUGCCGAGCUCAAGUCCGGUGAAGUUUCCCAGGAUACUCGCAACUUGUUGGCAUUGAAGGCUUUCAACCACACAGCUGACUAUGAUGACGCUAUCUCCAACUACUUCCGUCACGAAUAUACCAAGGAUGUGGCUAUGAUGACCCUUCGUUACGGUGCCAACCCUCACCAAAAGCCGGCUCAAAUCUUUGUCAAGGAAGGCCGUUUACCCGUGACGGUUCGUUGCGGUUCCCCCGGUUAUAUCAACUUUUUGGAUGCUCUCAACUCGUGGGCUCUUGUGAAGGAGCUUCGUCAAGCUACUGGACUUCCUGCUGCUGCUUCCUUCAAGCACGUUUCGCCGGCUGGUGCUGCUGUGGGUCUGCCUUUGAACGAGACCGAUAAGAAGGUUUAUCAAGUGGAUGAUCUCAAGGAACCCUUGACUCCUCUUGCCUGUGCUUACGCUCGUGCCCGUGGUGCCGACCGUAUGUCCUCUUUUGGUGACUUCAUUGCCUUGUCCGACAAGGUCGAUGUCGCUACCGCCAAGAUCAUCUCUCGUGAAGUCUCGGAUGGUGUGAUUGCCCCCGAUUACGAUGAAGCGGCUCUUGCCAUCUUGCAAAAGAAGAAGGGCGGUAAAUACGUCGUGCUUCAAAUGGAUCCCAACUACGAGCCUGAGGACCGUGAAAUCCGUCAAGUGUAUGGUCUCUACCUCGAACAAAAGAGAAACAAUGUGCAGAUUGAUGCCUCUUUAUUCUCCAACCUUGUAACCAAGAACAAGGACAUGCCCAAGGAAGCUGUGACUGAUUUGAUUGUUGCUACGAUUGCUCUUAAAUAUACUCAAUCCAACUCUGUCUGUUACGCAAAGAACGGUAUGGUGAUUGGUCUUGGUGCUGGUCAACAAUCCAGAAUUCACUGUACCCGCCUCGCCGGUGAUAAGGCUGAUAACUGGUGGUUGCGUCAUCAUCCCAAGGUUCUUGCUUUCGACUUCAAGAAGGAAGUGAAGCGUGCUGACAAGUCCAAUGCCAUCGAUCUUUACGUGAUCAACGAGAUUGGCGAGGGUACUGAACGUAAGGCUUGGGAAGACAAGUUCAACACGAUCCCUGAACCUUUGACGGCUGAAGAACGCAAGGAAUGGAUGGCCCAGUUGAAGGAUACCGUCGUUUCCUCUGACGCUUUCUUCCCCUUCACCGAUAACGUGUACCGUGCCAAGCGUUCCGGUGUGAAGUACAUUGCUGCUCCUUCGGGUUCCGUCCAGGAUGCUGAAGUGAUUGCCGCCGCCGAUGAAAACGAUAUGGUGAUUGCGCAUACUACGCUCAGACUCUUCCACCAUUAAAAAAAAACAGUUCGAGUUCGCCCCCUUUGUACCAUAAAAUGAAAAAGAUGACCAUUUGUACCCAAUAUCUAAAAAUUCUAAAGUGAAAAAAAAAGGUCUUUCCCGUCAGUAGUGACAUGUUUUAUCUUUUCGUUCCUAUGUUACCGCGAUACCCAAGCAGUAAAUGCAUCGGAUGCUGCCAAGUUGACUGUGUCGGUUCCAUUGAGAUGAUGGGCGGGAUUAUUCAGGCGCAAAGGUGUCAUAUGUUGAUGAAUGGAUAAUCUGUGAGAAGGAGGAAGCUGGACGAAGGAUCAUUAGUGCGCAUUGCUGUGAUGGAAGUGCGAUCGGCAAUAGAGUAUCGAGUGGAGUGAAAGAUUGGGCGGUAAAAAAGAUGGACUUUUUUAUAAUUUCAUG